CAGAACGUGACAACAGAAAAAUAUAGAAAAUCAUCCUCUGUGUUUCAGUGUUGAACUUGUGUUAAAUUUAAAAAAUAAUCAUGUCCAGAGGAAGCAGUGCAGGUUUUGACCGACACAUAACAAUUUUUUCGCCCGAAGGCCGACUCUAUCAAGUAGAGUAUGCUUUUAAGGCCAUUAACCAAGCCGGCCCCACUUCCGUAGCAGUCCGAGGAGUAGAUGCUGCAGCGUGUGUGACCCAGAGGAAGAUUCCCGAUAAGCUGAUUGAUCCCAACACAAUUACACACCUCUUCCAGUUAACAGAACACACUGGAUGUGUGAUGACUGGUAUGAUUGCUGACAGCAAGUCCCAGGUCCAGAGAGCUAGAUAUGAAGCUGCUGAGUUCAAAUAUAAAUUUGGAUAUGAGAUGCCAAUCGAUGCCUUGUGUAGAAGAGUGUCGGAUAUUUCCCAAGUUUAUACCCAGAAUGCUGAAAUGAGACCUUUGGGUUGCUCCAUGCUUCUGAUAGGAUAUGACCAAGAAAUGGGGCCUUGUGUCUACAAAGCUGAUCCUGCUGGCUAUUACUGUGGCUACAGAGCAGUAAGUGUAGGAUCCAAACAAACUGAAGCCAACAGCUACCUAGAGAAGAAGCUAAAGAAGAAAACUGAUCUGUCCAAAGAUGAAGUCAUCCAAUUGGCAAUCAGUUGUCUUUCCAGUGUUUUAUCUGUAGAUUUUAAGCCAACAGAAGUUGAAGUUGGUGUUGUUACUAAGGAUGAGCCCAAGUUUAGGAAAUUGACUGAACAAGAAAUAGAUUUCCAUCUGACAGCUAUUGCUGAGAGGGAUUAGAUAGGUUUUUUGUAUUCACUCUUUGUUAUUUUAAGAAAUUGUGAAAUUUUGGGAUAAGUAAGAAAUAAAUUUUUCCUUAUAA